GCGUCGCUAACGCCCGGGACCGGAGCCUCGCGUCGCCCGCCCGCCGCGUUUCCCUGCUUCUCACUGGAGUCACUUUCCCUGGGUUUACUCCUUAUAACCAGGACAGACCAGUGAAGACCAGAAGUGGACAGCAGCAAGGAGAGCUGCCUUUGCCCUUCCCUGGAAGGGUGGGAGGAGUUGUGGAGACUUGGAGUUGAUGGGAACUGUAGAGGCGUUCCGGUCCAGCCUCCCCCCCAGCCAGUGAGGGAAGCCCCUGUGCAACUCCCCGCAACCUUGCUCGGAUCCACCAGGGAUGAGCCGCCUCCUGAGAAUCCCCUCUGCUCUUCCUUAGAGGGACAGAUCACUGCCACUGCCGCCGCUGCUCUGUCAGCCUCGUAACUCUGACCUUACUUCUACUUUAUGGUGAGGGGACCUAGCUUGUAGCCUAGGAACCUGAUUGCUUUCUUGGCUCUUUUAUUUACGGUCAGGUUCUUCCUGAUCCUGGGGAAGGAGCCUGGGUGUUGAAUCCUGUUUGGUAAACCAGCCCUUGGGUGCACUGACCCAAACUUGUCUGCCUGCAGCCUUCACAGUUCUUCACCUCUGUCCAUGGAGUAGCCUCCCUGCUCCCCAUGUUUUGGCUUGCUCACCAGACUGAGUACCUUGAGUCUAGCUGCUAAGCAGCCCGCCCUAAGAUUUUUCGGGAGGGAAGUAAUUUUGCUCCCAGAUUAAUUUCUAAUCCUUCUCUCUAUAACUGGCCUUUUUUCUGUAGGAUACUUGUGGUUCCACUGGUUUUUAUUUGCUUGUGUUUCUGUUUUACCUUUGUCCUGAUCAUCUGUGCAUAUCUCACUUCCCUCACCUCUGUCACACAGUGAGCAUGCAGAGGCCUGGAGCAGGUGCCUGGCGUAUUCUCUGAGGCAUUGCCCACAUCUGGUCAGGCUCUGCUGAAUGAGUUUACUGCUCAAGAGGCCAGGCGUGUAGGGACAGAGAUGAGGAACAGGGGCUAUGGUCUCCUGUGCUGGCUAACCUUCAUCCUCCAGGCAGCAUUGGGCCUCUCAGUUCUGCAGGACAGAGGAGGGCUGGAGAUAAGGAGGCCUGUCUGACCCUUGAAUUUCACCCCACCCUCUUAUCCUCACCUCUCCUUAAGGAUUUUUCCCCAAUGUGAAGGCCCUUCCCCAGGCACCAUUGUGGUCACACCAGCGUCCAGUGGCUUGGGGACCCUGGUUCAUUCUAGCAUAGGCCCCUGCCAGAAGAGUGCCUGCCUCGCCCACCCUGCUUCUCCAGGCAAGGCUGCCAGGUCUCCUCUCAUCAACACUCCUUUUUGGUUAACUCAUGGUGGGAGUGGCCACGUGGCUGGCUUAGGUGUUUGGAGAGUGAACGCCAGGUGCCCCUCCUCUGCUCAUUCCUUCUGACCUCUAGGAUAGAUCCAGGUCCGCAAUGGCAGCAGAGACCCUCAACUUUGGGCCUGAGUGGCUGAGGGCCCUUUCCAGUGGUGGCAGCGUGGCCUCCCCACCCCCUUCUCCUGCCAUGCCCAAAUACAAGCUGGCUGACUACCGCUAUGGGCGAGAAGAGAUGCUGGCUCUUUAUGUCAAGGAGAACAAGGUCCCUGAUGAGCUGCAGGACAAGGAGUUUGCCGCGGUACUACAGGAGGAACCACUGCAGCCCUUGGCACUGGAACCCCUAACAGAGGAGGAGCAGAGAAACUUCUCCCUGUCAGUGAACAGUGUGGCCGUGCUGAGGCUGAUGGGGAAAGGGGCUGGCCCCCCCCUUGGAGGUGGAACCUCCCGUGGCAGGGGCAGCACUCGGAGCCGAGGCCGCGGCCGCGGCGACAGUUCCUUUUACCAAAGAAGCAUUGAAGAAGGAGAUGGGACCUUUGGACGAAACCCCCGAGAGAUCCAGCGCAGCCAGAGUUGGGAUGACAGAGGCGAGAGGCGGUUUGAGAAGUCAGCAAGGAGGGAAGGAGCACGCUCCGGGUUUGAGGAGGGAGGGGCUGGCUCAAGGAAGGAACAUGCCCGCUCAGAUAGCGAGAACUGGCGUUCUCUCCGAGAGGAGCAAGAGGAAGAAGAGGAGGGCAGCUGGAGACUUGGGGCAGGACCCCGACGAGAUGGCGACCGCUGGCGCUCAGCUAGCCCUGAUGGCGGCCCCCGCUCUGCUGGCUGGCGGGAACAUGGGGACCGGCGUCGCAAAUUUGAAUUUGAUUUGCGAGGGGAUCGAGGAGGGUGUGGUGAAGAGGAGGGGCGAGGUGGGGGAGGCAGCUCUCACCUCCGGAGGUGCCGAGGGCCUGACGGUUUUGAGGAUGACAAAGAUGGGCUCCCGGAGUGGUGCCUGGACGAUGAGGAUGAAGAAAUGGGCACCUUUGAUGCCUCUGGGGCCUUCUUGCCUCUCAAGAAGGGUCCCAAGGAACCCAUACCUGAGGAGCAGGAGCUGGACUUCCAGGGUCUGGAGGAAGAGGAAGAGGAGCCUUGCGAAGGGCUGGAUGAGGAGGGGUCUGAAGCAGGUGGGAAGGAGCUGGCCCCACUGCCGCCUCAGGAGGAGAAGUCCGGCUCCCCCUCCCCGUUGCCCACCUUGGGCCCGCUCUGGGGAGCCAAUGGGGAAGGUGCUGAUGCUUUGGAGAAAGACCUGCCAGCAAAUGAAGGAGAUGAUGUGAGGGGAAUGCAGCUGAGUCCCGGGGUAGGCUCACCCCCUGGCCCACCUGGAGAUAUGGAAGAUGAUGAAGGCUUAAAGCACCUGCAGCAGGAGGCAGAGAAGCUGGUGGCCUCCCUGCAGGACAGCUCCCUGGAGGAAGAGCAGUUCACAGCUGCCAUGCAGGCCCAGGGCCUGCGCCACUCUGCAGCUGCCACUGCCCUCCCCCUCAGCCAUGGUGCAGCCCGGAAGUGGUUCUACAAGGAUCCACAGGGGGAGAUCCAAGGCCCCUUCACCACACAGGAGAUGGCAGAGUGGUUCCAGGCGGGCUAUUUCUCCAUGACCCUACUGGUGAAGCGGGGCUGUGAUGAAGGCUUCCAGCCCUUGGGUGAGGUGAUCAAGAUGUGGGGUCGUGUGCCCUUUGCCCCAGGGCCCUCACCACCCCCACUGCUGGGAAACAUGGACCAGGAACGGCUAAAGAAGCAGCAGGAGCUAGCAGCAGCUGCUUUGUACCAGCAACUGCAGCACCAGCAGUUUCUUCAGCUGGUCAACAGCCGCCAGCUCCCGCAGUGUGCACUCCGGGAAAAGGCGGCCCUAGGGGACCUGACACCACCGCAGCAGCAGCAGCUCACGGCUUUCCUGCAGCAGCUCCAAGCUCUCAAACCCCCCAGAGGUGGGGACCAGAACCUGCUCCCCACGAUGAACCGCUCCUUGUCGGUGCCAGAUUCAAGCCCCCUCUGGGACAUACAUACCUCAGCCUCAUCACAGUCAGGCGGUGAGGCCAGUCUUUGGGACAUACCAAUUAAUUCUUCGACUCAGGGUCCAAUUCUAGAACAACUCCAGCUGCAACACAAAUUUCAAGAGCGCAGAGAAGUGGAGCUCAGGGCGAAGCGGGAGGAGGAAGAGCGCAAGCGCCGGGAGGAGAAGCGUCGCCAGCAGCAGGAGGAGCAGAAGCGGCGACAGGAAGAAGAGGAGUUGUUUCGUCGCAAGCAGGUGCGGCAGCAAGAGCUCCUGCUAAAGCUGCUGCAGCAGCAGCAGGCAGUUGCUGCUGUUCCUGUGCCCCCUGCGCCCAGCUCUCCGCCCCCACUGUGGGCUGGCCUCGCCAAACAAGGCCUCUCCAUGAAGACACUGCUUGAGCUGCAGUUGGAGGGUGAGCGGCAGCUGCAUAAGCAGGCCCCACCUCGGGAGCCAACCCGGGCCCAGGCCCCCAACCACCGAGUGCAGCUUGGGGGCCUGGGUACUGCCCCUCUGAACCAGUGGGUAUCUGAGGCCGGGCCGCUGUGGGGCGGGCCUGACAAGAGUGGGGGCAGCAGCAGCAGCCUGGGGCUCUGGGAGGACACCCUCAAGAGUGGCGGGAGCCUGGCUCGCAGCCUGGGCCUGAAGAACAGCCGGAGCAGCCCCUCUCUCAGUGACUCGUAUAGCCACCUGUCAGGUCGGCCUGUGCGCAAAAAGACAGAGGAGGAAGAGAAGCUGCUGAAGCUGCUACAGGGCAUCCCCAGGCCCCAGGACGGCUUCACUCAGUGGUGUGAGCAGAUGCUGCACACCCUGAGCACCACGGGCAGCCUGGAUGUGCCCAUGGCUGUGGCGAUCCUCAAGGAGGUAGAAUCCCCCUACGAUGUCCAUGAUUAUAUCCGUUCUUGCCUGGGGGACACGCUGGAAGCCAAAGAAUUUGCCAAACAAUUCCUGGAGCGGAGGGCCAAGCAGAAAGCUAGCCAGCAACGGCAGCAGCAGCAGGAGGCUUGGCUGAGCAGUGGUUCCCUGCAGACAGCCUUUCAGACCAACCACAGCACCAAACUCGGCCCUGGGGAGGGCAGCAAGGCCAAGAGGCGGGCGCUAAUGCUGCACUCAGACCCCAGCAUCUUGGGGUACUCCCUGCACGGACCUUCUGGUGAGAUCGAGAGCGUGGAUGACUACUGACCAGCCCGUCCCACCAGCCCCCAGGCUGUAGGCCAGGGGCGGCAGCAGCAGCAGCAGCAGCGGCGGCUUGGACCCUUGGGUCCCCGACCUGCCAGCUCCCCAGAAGGAGCAUAGGAGGAAGCAGGGGCAGGGUCCCCAGCACUUGUUACAAACCACACGAUGCACCUUAACUCACCCACCACGAGGCACUUUACAGAUUGGGGGGAAGGGUUUUUUGUUUUUUGUUUUUGUUUUUGUUUUUUUUUUUUAAAUUUUAAACAUUGAAGAAAACAAUAGGAGACAGAAGAAAUCUUUAAAAACUAGACACUAAGCACCUCUUCCUCCUUCUGGAGAGGAGGGUGAUGGUGAAAGGUCCGCAGAAGAGUUUGUUUUGUUCUGUUUUGUUUUUUUAAGAAAAAAAAAUGAAAAAUAAUGAAAAAAAAGUUAGGAGACUGAAAGGAAAAACACACUGUUAUUUUGGGGCAUUGGGACACAGGCCCCACAGACCUGUCCUGCCUGGCCCCCGAGGCUGCCCUCGCCUGCCCAGCCAGCGAGGCGGGCCAUUGGGGUAACUGGAAGCUGGGGUGCCAGCAGUUUGCACAGCGAGGCCCCCUCAGCCCUGCCAGCCGGCUCCGCUGUGAACGGCCCCCUUGUUGCUGUGAUGGGCAGAGGUGUUAGGGUAGGGCUCAAGCAGCCCCUUGGCUUUGCUGCUUUGGGGUAAAGUUGCACAAGCGGGACUAGCCGCCUCAACUCCCCAGGCUGCCAGCCAGUGGGGCGGGUGGGCGGGGCUGGCCAGUGCCAACCUCACCUGUCAGUGCAGCAGAACUUCCACUCCAGCCCUGGUGAGGGGCUUCCCAUCCCUGCCGUGGGAAGGUGGGGGUGAGGCAGUGGGUGGUCUGGGUGUGAAGCUUCAAACCCCAGCUCCCUGCCUUGCCACAUGAAUGUAUUCUUUGGGCCACAUGACCCUGCUUGCCCCUCGACCUGAGCGAGGUGGGGGCAGAGCGGUUCCUCCAGGAGCUGGGGGGAGAGGCGCCACUUCAUGACUGUUGUUUCUCCUGUAAUGGGGGCAAGAGGAGGGGCCCAGAGGGCCUCAGGAGUGGGCACUUGGGGUUGCUAGUUGCAAUGUGGGGGGGCUGUUGGAAGGGAGCUCCCCACCGCAGCUGGUUGUGUGGGAUGCACACCCCUCCCCCCCAGCUCCAUGCUGACCCCUCCAUUGACCAAAUGGGAAAGGAGGCGUGAUUCUCCCCUGCUCCCUGAUGCAUUUUUAAUGUUGGGUAAGGUGGCAUGUUAGGGUAGGCUGCCCUUCUGUUCCUCACUGACUUCUGAUUCCUGAUCGCCUACCUGGGUUUGUCUCCAUUGGGUUAUUUUUUUCUCUUUUGGGUUUCUCAUCUAACUUCUCCCAUUGACCUCAUUGCUCAGAGUGCAGUAUUAGGGCAAGAUUCUCCCACUGCCUCCCCUCCAUGAAUGUAUUUAUCCUUCUGCCCUGGGGAAGUGGGGAGUGGCCCCAGUUUCUUUCCCCAUCCAUCCCCAGAGAUAACUUUUUUUUUUUUUUUUUUUUGCACCAAAGUGGCAACUGGGUCAGUGUUGGGGGAUCAAGCUGGCCUCAGGGGUGGAGGGGCCCCCUCCACCUGCUUCUCCCUGGUUUCAACAGUGUUAGUGUCCGUGAAAAGACAAUUUUCUCUCUAAAGCAAUAAGGGGGUGAUGGGCCAGGGGGAAAUGUCUUGCUGCUGCUGGCCCUCCAGCCCCCCCCAUUCCUCGCGCCAGUGUUUGGCGGCAUUAGAGGUGUGGGGGGAGUACUGUUGUGACUGAAUGUAACUGCCCCUGCCCCUGCCGCAGCCAAUGCAGGGGAGGGGAUGACACUCUGCCCUGUCUCUUCCUUCCCAUUCCCCCAGCUAAAGAGACUUUGAACUUAGGGGGCCCUUGAGCCUGGAGAGGCCUUAACCCUGUGAGGAAGUGUAGGGGGAGCCCUCUUCCAUCCCCAUCCCCUUCUGAGAGUGGUCAAUGUUUACAAGCCCCUGCGCCCCCCAGCCCAGGGACUCAGAACCCAUCACUGUCCUUCCCUGACCCUUCUUCCUGAGUCCCAGCUGCUCUCCCCAUCUUCCCAGGGCUGGGGUGGAUGCAGGGGUCUCUCUCCCCAUGUCGGCCUUGUACCUGAAUCUCCCACCCCCACCCCAUGUGACUCCCCUCUUUACCAGCCCCUGUAAAUACCCCCCCAUUCCCUAAUAAAAACUUGGUGUGUGUUCUCCCCUUCUGCCUCUGCCCUCUUUACUUGGAGGAAGGGGGUGCUGGGGAGGGGAGACUGCAGAGCUGGGAACUGAAAGCUGUGGGCAAGGGGUGGCUUUGGUCAGCCAGCCCAAUCUGGCAAGACUGGAGAAGCAGGGCUGUGUGUCUAGAAACAGCGAGAGCCCACCCUGCAAAGCAGGCAACUUGCCUGCCUGGGACUGGGGAUUUCUUUGCUGCCCCUACUUUAGUGGGGCCUCAACCAGUCAGCCCUCAGGGACAGAGAUCUAGAAUAAGGAAGACACAAGCAAGGGUAAAGACCAGGAACAGACUUGGAAGUGGUUCCU